CGUCUAUUCCUCUUCUUCUUCUUCGCUUAAAACGCCGAGUGCCGCUUUUGUGUGCGUGUGUGCGCAAAUAUCGCGGAGUCACAAAACAAUAGAAAACUCGAUUUACCCCCCACAAUCGUCAAGGGACUCGCGCUGCGCUUGUGCUGCGGACCAUCACCGCCGCUUGCCUUAAUUUGUGGCCUCGAAUUAACCACCCCCCGACUUCAGCACUACGCCAGGCACGUCGAAAUAGUAGGCCGAACCGGAACAACAGCGAAUGCUACCGAUGGAGGACCGCACGAGCUCUGAACGGGUGUACGGGGGCUGCGAGGGACCGGAUGCCAUGUACGUGAAGCUGAUCUCAUCCGAUGGGCACGAGUUCAUCGUGAAACGCGAGCACGCGCUUACCUCCGGCACGAUCAAAGCCAUGCUCUCCGGCCCCGGCCAGUUUGCGGAGAAUGAAGCCAACGAAGUGAACUUCCGAGAAAUACCCUCGCACGUCCUCGAGAAAGUGUGCAUGUACUUCACCUACAAGGUCCGGUACACGAACAGUUCGACCGAGAUACCGGAGUUCCCGAUCGCACCGGAAAUUGCCCUCGAGCUGCUGAUGGCAGCAAACUUCCUCGAUUGCUAGGUGCCACUGACUCGGAUCGGUGGACACAUUUAAGUUGUUUCCCUCUUUGUAAGGCUACUACUACUACUACUACUACUACCACGACUACUUCUUCUUCUUCUACAAGACGUAGACGUCUUCUACGAUCGGACUGUGCAACAGGAACACUAGCGACAUCAAAUUUAGCGCUUCAUCCUUCCAUUCGAAUCCCGCAACUAUAACGGGACCCACCGUCCUUCCUUCCUUCCUGGCAGGGACGUUCUUCCGGAAAAAAAGCGACCGUCACUUCACCGUCACCUUUGUUGGUUAACCUCCUUACUCCGUUGCUCCGUGACAAAUAAACUAGGGUGAAAACUUGGUAUAAAAGCAAA